AAGUACUCAAGUCCGGAUCCUCAGCUUCUGCUUAGACACGUCCGCAGACACCACGCCCCCUCCAAGCACACCGCGCUCUGAUUGGACGGUGAACCUUGGUGAUGAAGUGUCUGAUGAAGAGGUCAGAGGUGUGGGCAGACCUCCUCUCAGCUGGACAGGUAGAGGUGAGGGCGGGGCUAUCAGACGGCAGCUUCCUGCUCCUUAAAAGGACGGAUGGAGACUUGGCUCGGAUGAUGAAGAGGCUGGUGGACGGUUUCCUUGACGACAGAGAGACGCUGUCAUCCAGCCUACUCACAGGUCUGCUGAGGGUUCGGGCUGCAGACCAGAUCUCAGACGUUCAGGUGAAAACGGUGGAGCUGAACAAACUUCUGCAGAGCAUCAUCAACCUGCCACACAAGUUCUCACAGUCUGAGGCCGUCCUCGACUUCUUCACACCGUCUGCUGUGGACCGGAUCUUCAAACUGGAACAGGAUCACACUCCUGACCAGGUCAUAAGCCCCGUUAUCAGAUUUGAGCACCAGGAAGUAGUCCAGACCAUUAAAUAUGAAAACCAGGAAGCAGACCAGAUCAUAAAACAUGAGAACCAGGAAGUAGACCACACCAUCAAAUGUAAGGACCAGGGAGUAGACCCCACCAUCAAAUAUCAGGAUGUGAAAGAAGUCCAGACCAUCAGGUACGAAGACCAGGAAGUUCUCCAGAUUAUUAGACAUGAAGACCAGGAAGUAGUCCAGACCAUCAGACACGAAGACCAGGCAGUAGUCCAGACCAUCAGACACGAAGACCAGGCAGUAGUCCACACCAUCAGACAUCAGGACCAAGAAGUAGUCCAGAACAUCAUUAAUGAGGAUCAGGAAGUAGUGCAGACCAUCAGGCAUGAGGUACAGGAAGUAGACCAGAUCAAUAGACAUGAAGAACAGGAGCUAAUUCAGACGAUCAGGCAUGAGGAGCAUCAAGUAGACCAGACCAACAGACAUCAGGACCAGGAACUAAACCAGACCUUGAGGCACGAGGAGCAGGAGGUGGAUGUUGUCCAGGAUGCGAUGGUUCUGUCAGAAGUUUCCUGGUGUAACGGGUUCUGUCUGGCCAACACUGAGACCAUCCUGUUUGACCUGACUCCUCCCACUCCCCCUGUCACCCAAUCAGAGGACUCGGCAAGCCGACGAGCGAGUGUCGGUCCGGCCGUCUGUCUGCAGCUCUGUCACCCGUCUGUCUCUCCUCAUCUUCUCCGUGGUUUUUCAGGGAUGAUGGGCAGACUGAAGAGGCGGAGCUUCAAACGCGCCCCCCACACUGGCUCGGCUCCCUCCACCUGCUGCACGCCCUGACGCAGGAGACCGACAUCCUGGAGUGACGGCGCCCACGGGGAGACGAGGACGGGAGAAGACCAGCUGAUGUCUGCUGAAGAGUGGACGGGUGGCGUCGCUGAUCACUGAUGAGUGGAUUUAUUGAUCACCCAGCUGACACGGCGUCUCUAACAUUGACAUCCUCGACCUUUCUUUGGGGAUUUAUGGCACCGUGUCGUCUGCUGCUAUUGGUCCAUCGUGUUUUAUCGAGUCCAGAGUCAACGGCGUCUCCUGGAGCCUAGUUCACCAUCAGGGGGAGUAAAGCAUGACGCUCUCUGGGGGCGGGGUCAUGGAGGCCGGCAGAGGCGCGGUCCAUGCUGAGCUUCAGCUCUGAUGAACGUUGAUGCCGACCAAUGAAACAUCAGAAUUCACGUCUGAUUUAUGUUUGUUUCUUCUGUCUGCAGUCUGAACCUUCCGGUGUCGGAGCGGCGUUUUGGACAGGACCGUCGACCUUUACCUAGAGGGUCAGGCAUGGUCUAACAUGCUUUUCCUGGUUCCUGUAGGGGGCGCUACUGUAACAGUUUAGUCAAAUCUUCAGAUAAAAUAAAAAACAAUGCAUAAAAGUCAUUAUUAACACAUUCAAGGCUGUGAUUUUCAUGGAGAAUACAAGAAUAUUUUAGUUUUUUACGUUCCAAACAUCAGAGUGGUCUUUACUGUUAAACCGGCACUGAAAGGGUUAAAUUCCUCUAGAUUAACAAGUAUUUGAUUUUUUUAAUCAGAUCUCACCCUGAUAAAAAAUGAUUGUAGGAAAUGAAUGUUUUUUUUUUUCAAAUCUUAUUUAUGUAUGCGGCCAUUUUGGCCCUGACUGACAGGAUUUAUUAAAAUAUUAAAAUUUAAAAUUAUAAAAGUGCAUAAAAAUCUAAAUCUAAAAAUUUUUUUUUUUCUUGUUUUUAACAUACUCAAGGCUGUGAUUAACCCUUCAAAGGAAAUCAUAUAUUUUCAUGUAGUUUAUAAAGUUUUCUUAGUUUUCUGUUCUUAUUAACAGACGUCAGGUUUACUGUUACACUGGAACUGAAAGGGUUAAACUCCUUUAAAAUCAGAGUUUGAUAUUUAUGAUCAGGUCAGAUCUGGAUUAAAGAAUCACUUUAUUAUUUUUUAUUAUUCUGCUCUGAACGUGGAGACGAGCCGUCAGCGUCUCCUCUCUCUCUGCCGCCCAGCACGGCGGUCUCGUCAUGACCAGGGGCGGAGCCUGUGGUUGCCAGGAUCGACCAGGGACGACCUAAAAUUCUGAACAAUGAUUGGCUGUUUGCCCGGUCAGUCAGUGAUGUCACGCUGUGACGAGGAAUGUUUUUUUCUUUAAUCAUUAAAAUUUGGACUGUUUGGUUAUAAUGAUGGGAAAAGUGCCCAACGCCCCCAGCUUCACCAACAUGGUGUCCUCUGCUUGAUGAUGUCAUCACUACGCCUGAGCCUCUGCUGGAUAAAGGUGAUCACACUAAAGUCAGCCGGAUAUUUGUGCGUCUGUCCGAACUAAAAGGUUUUUCAUGAAUAAAUCUGAGCUGUUGAGUUUGUAUAGAUUAUAAUCCUGAUCCUGGAGCAGCUGGUCCAGAAUGUUCUGUAAUCUCACAAAUAAAAUCCUGACCCGUCCCUGGAUGUCCGGAUGUCUCUGAGCUCUCAGCUCUUUGUCUCUGUGUAGCUGGUGUCAAUAAAGCUUGAGAGGAUUGAAUGGAGCCCGUUAAUCUGUCAGAUUAGUGCUGUCUUCAGCCUGUUAGCCGUUAGCAGAUUAGCUGUGUGCUGAUAAUCUGAGCGUGCUCAGUUCAUCAUUUAUCAGCCAACA